ACUCUCAGGAGCAGGGUAGAGGGUGGAAGGUACUCAGACCCUCAAAGGCCUCACUGGACCCUUCUUGGCAAGGACGCCAUGAAUGCUGUACCUCCCAGGGUACGUGUACUUGAGAAUCAACCGAAGUGUCUGCCUCCCGUGUACACACGCUCAGGUUCUAAAGGGAAGUCUCACAUGUCUUUGCCGUAACGCCAAAUAUUCACCAGGUGUGAUGAAUACAGUAAUCUACGCUCUAACUGCGGACACGUCGGAAGCCCUCCGACCCAUGGCCGUCCAGGCAGCACUGACACCGCACCCGGCACUCACAGACGGCGCCGGGAGUCUGCCAGAUACUUGCUCGCUGGGUCCAGUGCUGGGGAGGAAUAUCAGGUGCAUCUCUACGCCCCGAGGGCUCAACUCCUACACUUAAAUCCCUCCCACUGGAACAGCCGGCUCCAGUUUCACCAAGCAAGCGUGAGAACAGGUACUGCUUCCUGAGCACCGCCAGCCACCAGCACCAAGACCCGGCCACAUCCCAGCACUGCCCACCUCUGCUCCCCGCUGCCAGACGACAGAGGCUCUCGCCAGACCCUCAGCACACAGAGCUGGCUUCCGGUAGAAGCGCUCGGGAAAGAGGCAAAGCGGGAGGUGCCUCUUCAGAAACCACGAGGUGCACGAGGCGUCGACGGUGAUCACGCCACCUGGACGGCCAGAGUCCGAGGCGUAAGAAGGAAAAUGAGUCUUCUCAAAGAGCGGAAGCCAAAAAAGCCGCAUUACAUCCCCAGGCCUCCGGGAAAGCCCUUCAAGUAUAAAUGUUUCCAGUGUCCCUUUACUUGCAACGAGAAGUCCCAUCUUUUUAAUCACAUGAAGUAUGGUCUUUGUAAAAACUCGAUUACUUUAGUAUCAGAGCAGGAUCGAGUUCCCAAGUGCUCUAAAUCUAACUCGCUAGACCCUAAGCAAACCAACCAGCCCGACGCCACAGCCAAGCCAGCCUCUUCCAAGUCUGCCACCAACGGAGUCUCCGCCUUUGACUCAAAGCUUCAGCACAGCUCUGCCAGGGAAGACAUCAAGGAAAACCUGGAGCUGCAAGCCCGGGGAACCCACAGGUGCCCAGCACAGAAGCCAGCCCUCCACAGGGCAUCAGCCUGCGAGAGCCCAGCUCCGGAAGCCGCCCUCGGUGCCCAGCCUGCUCUGGAAGGCGCAGCUCGGCCUUCUGCAUUUGUUCCAGUCGGCGAGCACAGACUUAAGGGGCCAGACAGCGCUGAGGCGCCUGAGACACUGGCUUUACCCAACCCCACUGCCAAGGCCACCUCCUUCCACACCAAGUCGGCCUUCCACGCUCCUGGCUACCCCUGGAAAGCCGGCUCACCUUUCCUUCCACCAGAGUUUCCACAUAAAAUCUCAUCUACAAAGGGGCUUGGGGCCAUUUCCCCUUACAUGCACCCCACAAUCCCAGAGUACCCGCCUCACUUUUACACAGAGCACGGACUGGCCACCAUCUACUCGCCUUACCUGCUGGCUGGGAGCUCGCCCGAGUGCGACGCGCCCCUGCUGUCAGUCUACGGAGCCCAAGACCCGAGACACUUUCUGCCUCACCCGGGGCCAAUCCCUAAGCACCUGAGUCCAUCUCCAGCCACAUAUGAUCAUUACAGGUUUUUCCAGCAAUAUCCCUCUAAUCUGCCGAUUCCUUACGGAUUCUACAGGCCAGAGACUGCGUUUUCCUCCUACGGUCUCAGACUCCCACCUGUCGCUGGCCUCACCCGAGAGCAGAGCUCUCACCUGCUUGAAGAAGCCACCCUGGUCUAUCCAGCCUCAAGUCCUUCCAGGUUAAACCCUUCAGACCCCAACAGAAAACACAUCGAGUUCGAAAGUCCAAUUCCUGAGGCUAAAGACUCCUCCAAGCCUGGGCAGAGAGACACGGAAGGGUCCAAAAUGAGCCCCCGCGCAGGGAGCGCAGCCACAGGCUCCCCGGGGAGGCCAAGCCCCACCAACUUCACGCAGACGAGCCAGACCUGCGAAGGCCUGUGCGACCUCUCCAACAAGGCGGCCUCCAGUGCACUGGGAAGACUCUAUCAGCCGGAGCAAAGCCUCACAGCCUUCAAGCCUGUGAAGAAAGUCGCAGAAUGCCGACCCGCCCAGGCUCCUGAGACCAGAACAGAGUCUCCAAUAAGCCUCAAUGUUGUGAACGGAGACCCCCCCGCUCCGACAGGAAGCACCUCUCUCGUCUUGGAGGCUGCGCCUUCCAGUCCGGAGGACAGCUCCAGGAUGGGUCCCCUCAACCUCUCCAAGAAAUCAGAGAUAAAUCCGGCAGCCACCCACGAACCCACGUACCAAGGCAGCCCCCAGGCGGAAACCGCCAGCUUCUCAGAGCUGCAGGACCUUCCUCUCAAUCUCUCAGUGAAGGACCCCUGCAACGCCCCGGCUCUGAGGCCUCCCUUCCCCAGUCAACCACGAGCUGCAGAACCUGCUGCUGCUGCUCUACAGAAGACUGGGACAGAAGGUUCUGAGGAUGUGCCCAGCCACCCUGAGACCAAGCCAGGCAGCCUCGACGGUGACGGGGCCCCACCCACAGGCCCCAGCGAGGAGGCUCCAGACGCACGUGCGGUGGACAGCAGCGAGGAGCAGAAGCAGACGGCAGCUGUGGCCCUGUGCCAGCUGGCAGCCUACAGUCCCAGGAACAUCCGGGUGGGCAAUGGGGAUGCUGCAGCCCCGGAACCUGUCUGCCAGCAAGACACACCCACACUCAGCUCCACGGAGAGCCAGGAGGCCCAGGGUGACCUCAGACCCAAAGGACAAAAGAGGACAAGUCAAAGGGAUGCUGGAAAAUCCCAGCAAGGAGCUAAGAAGGCGAAGCUGCAGGACACGGCCAGAGUGUUCACACUACGAAGGAGGGCCCGGGUAUCCUAACGCCGGGUUGACGCGUGUGCUCACAGAGCUACGGCCACACACACGCCUCCCAAGGCGGCGCGCUACGCCACCUCUGAACUGGCACUUUCCUGUUUUUACAAAUGCAGCUUCUUCUCGAAAACAAACAAAACCUCCAAUUCAGUUUUUAUAAAUAUUAAGCAUGAAUAUUAAAAGGUGCUUCUACUUUUGGUUGUAAAAACAUCUGAAUGACUCUAAGACUGAUAAGUAUUUUGAAGUCUAAGCCGUCUUACAGAAGAUCUUUUAUAAAUGUUUGCUUAUAAAUAGCUCACCAUUACAACAAAUUGUUUUAACUGUUUUUCUAUUAGCUCUAGCUGCAUAUUUGAAGUAAAUGACAAUCACUGAAAAAAUGUCAGAAAAAGCAUUUUCAGUACUAGCAGUAAAGUGCCGUAUGUAAAAAAGAAAAAUGUGAUGUUAUAACUAAAUAACACACAAACAUCGAGAGGCUAUUUAUACAAAUAAUUUAUUUCCGCUAGGAAAAGUGCAUUGCUGGUGAAGGUAUUAUCAGUUUAUUCUACUUGCUUAUAAUGCUACAGUGGGUGUUCUGCCUUACUCUGCCUCACUUUCCAUUCCCCAAAAUGAUGUGUAUGUUGCUAAUUUUCCAAUAAACUCCUAUGAACCAUAAGGAAACAUAAAAUGAAGAUGAAUGUCAAUCUAUGUUAUCCUUU